UCUGGGCGGGGCGGAGGGAGCCGGGAAGCGGCGAGCGCGCCGGGAGCGCAGCUGCGGGCCUGGGGGCGGCAGGAGCCGCGGAGCCGGCCCGAGAGCGGGGCUGCCGGAGCGGGCGGCCGAGACAAAGGCGACGAUAGGGCCAGUUUGGAGUGUGUGGAUUUUUGAGUGAAACCUCUUCCCCAGAUAGAAGAAACCUUCAAGGAACAACUAUUGGCAGUGAGUCUGCAGAGUCAUCUGGAUGCCUAAUAUGGAAUGUUCUAAGCCCAGAUGCAGCUGAAUGGGUGGCUCCACUGAUGAGGAGUGAGAUCAGCAUUCACUGCUUCAGUCACAAUCUGCUGAUGAUUCCAGGACUUCUCCUUGGCUUCAGACCUGUAUAUCCAGCUGUCUGUUGGACAUCUUCACUUGACGCUUGUAGUGGCUGUAAGUGACAUAAACCUGCUUCAACAUAGCUUCAGGCCUAUCCUAAGAUUACCUGGUAUAGGCUCUGGGUCAAGACAAGAAUUUUUAUACCUUCCUGGUGGUUCAGAAAUGAGUCUGUAGAACCAGAAGCAAAGAAAGGAAACAAUCUUUUUCUUUAUUCAGUUGACUGUAUAAGAUACUUGGCUUCCAGGAACAAAAGACACAGUGAAAUAAUAAGAUUAUCAUUUUGCAUCACUGGAGCGUAUUUUGUGGAACUUCCUGAGUUGAGAUUUGGAAUCUUCACUGGUGCUCGUUUACACCGUGGACUGUAAGCAUGAGUGAGUUCUGGUUGUGCUUCAACUGCUGUAUCGCAGAACAGCCUCAGCCUAAAAGGCGACGGCGGAUAGACCGCAGUAUGAUUGGAGAACCAACGAACUUUGUCCACACGGCUCACGUAGGGUCAGGAGACCUCUUCAGUGGCAUGAACUCGGUUAGCUCCAUCCAGAGCCAGAUGCAGUCCAAGGGCGGCUACGGCGGCGGGAUGGCUGCCAGCGUGCAGCUGCAGCUUGUGGACACCAAGGCAGGAUAGCCCCGGCUCCCGCCAGUCAUUGUGAAUUUCUAUAUUUCCUCUGUCUACUAUAAUUUUUUUUUUGUCUUGUGAUUGUGGUUUCUUUUAUUUUUAAUUAUAAAAAGAAGUGUGACAGCAUCUUGUUCACCCUCUGUGAUUGAUUACUCCAGUGACACGUUCCUGCUCUGAGGAAGACGCCGGCAGACGGAUCCCCCCUGCCCGCCUCCGACUCGCGGACAGCGCUCUGGACUGUGGCCGAGAGCUCGUGUUUAAUCAAUACGGAUCUGAUCUUCGCAUGAUUAUUUUUUGUGAAUGCUAAACCAUUUUGCAAUUUUUUUGAUUUUAAACGUUUUUCUAUUCACCGCCAACCCUCUGCCUUUUAUAAUUUUAUUAGAAAGGAAGGACCUGCUAUUAUUUGUUAACUUGCCACCAUUUAUGUAUAUUUUGCAAGGAAUGAGACCCCCAAGCACAAUGAUCAUUUUUAUUUGUUUUUGAAACUUCAGCAGAAUAGAUGAUUAUCUGCAUGCUUUAUGAAGUUGUUUUGAUGGGAGCCCAUGGGAGGCCCAGGGCUGAUGACACUGCUGCUAGAUACAGAAGGUUCGCUGUGGCACCAGGCACGUCAUCUGCACAGAGAAAGGCAACUGGGAGCUUAUUUUAGAAGUAGGACUUUUUGGUCUAUUUGAUUAGAAUUGCAGUAAAAGAAAAGCUUGCAUUCAUAAGGCAUUCCUUCUGUUGUAAAUGUUGAAUAUAUUUAUUUUGAGAGCAAGGACCUGUGAUUGUAACAGGUGUGGUUGUGUAUCUACGCGUUGUGGUAAUACUCUCUUCCAGUCUGAUUCUGAGCAUCUUCAUCUUACUAGCUGUCCAUUCUCGGUGUACGUACUCACUUUUAUUUUUAAUUCUAUAUUUAAUAGCAUGGUUUCCAGUAGCAAUUUGUUGAACUCCUGGCCUGUACUGUAACUGUAGACUGCCGGAGUCAUUGGCCUUUCUGUACUCUGCAUAUUUAGGGGACAGGGAGGUUGCCAAGAGCAACACACUGACCUGGCUACAUUGUUGCCAGUGGGAAAAAAACACCAAUAUGGUGAGUUUUUAUGGUAUUGGUGAGAAGCCUUUGCUCAGGUUCCAAUAUAUGUUUAUCCUCCACAAAUUUUGCGCAUUCAUAUAUUUUUAUAAAGGUUUCUUCUCCCCUCUUAGACUGUAGUGUUAAGCCAGAGUCAGCAGUUUGUGUUCUCAUUAAAAUGUUUAAAUCCUGUGUCCGAUUCAGGCCUUUCAACUACAUUUGGUAAGAAAGAUUAACAUUUCAUGCUACAAAUGGGGCUUACUUGAAAACUUACUUAGAGAGCUAUAAGGAAUUAGGUAAAGAAAGGAAAUACUUUUUACCUUACCUGUUUCACAGAACUUGGGACUAAGGUAACGUUAGGUUUAUGUAGGCAAAACAGGGAAGCACCUCUCUCCCAAGUCUUUGGAAUUUAAUUUAGCCAGUCCGGUGGGACACCUUGUAUUUUGCAAUUUUGAACCUUCAUCACUGUCAAUCCCAAGGUCAGAAAGAAUCUGUCAAGGGAAGACAUACAGACUCCUCAAAAUAGGGAAUUUACAGUUUGUUUAAUAACUUACAAACUGUGUGGAUGCUGCAUUCUGGCAUUUGCCCGGGUGCUGCUGUCAUUUUGCUCUGCCAGGACGCCGCUGUGUGCAAGCUCUUGAAAAGAUUGGAUUUUCUUGGCAUUAUCACCACUGAUGCUAUUUAAUGUACUUCUGUUUUGACUGUUUAAAUUAGUCUGGUUUUUCUCUUUGUUACAUAACUCCUGGAACUACAAUACAGGGACCCAUGGUCCCUUUUUCCGAACUCACGAUUCGAUUUUAUUCCCUUUUCCAAUCACUGUUUCUCCUGCUGCUCCAAGGCAAGCGUUGGAGUGUCCCUCUCGCCACGCAAGCUGGGCUUUCGAGCCUGUGACUUUUCUGCAGCCACCACCAAGUCCACAGGCCAGCAGUGCCUGGGAAAGUGCCAGAAAAUUACAAAAAAAGUUAGGUACCAACCUUGGACAUACAUUUUUUAGGGAGGAGAGUGUGAAGGGAGGCAGCUUUCCACAUUCAUACAUGGAAUUGCUUGUAAAUCUUGGGAGGCCAUUUCUUCCCCAUAGCAGUGUAUCUCAUUUUUAAAUUGAAGCUAACUAAAUAAAUAGGAUUUUGCUACUCAACAUGCAUUAUACUGUUAAUGCUUUGCUGAAAUGUAUGCUAACAACUGUUAAGGGAAGCCGAAUGGAGACUCACUCACGUGGGUUCUGCCUUCUGUAAACGGUACUUUCCACGACGUGGGCGUGACCUGGUGCCCGUGAGCAGAGCGGGAGCGUUGACGGCAGGGGACACUGGGUCAGCGUUGCCAGGGCAGCAGGAUCAGUGGGCCUUGAAAAAUACUUUGUGAGCACAUUAGCUUUCACUUUUGUUAUUAAAUUACAGCAGUUUCAUCAUAAAGAACAAGUUUGCCUUGAUUUUAGUUAAAAUGACUUCUGCUCAGCACCCAGAAGAUAAAAUUGACUUAUUUUUAUAAUAUAAGCAUACUUUUUUUUGUACAUUGUGUUCAUCCUUGAAUAAAGUGAGUUUCAGUGUUGGCUUGUAGAUAUUAAAAAUAAAGUAUUGAUUUUGAUUCAAUAAAUGUCUUUCUUUCAAUCCUA